CCACAGGUAAACGCCAAGGAAAUCGUCACUUACCAACAUGACUUCCCAAGUAGGAGGUUGCUUUGCUGCCCUGUGUGUUUUACAGUGUGUGCUUCUGGUUGCGUACGCAUCUACAAGUACCAGCACAACCACCACCAGUACCACCACAACACCUACCACUACCACUACCACUACAACUCCGGUGCCUAUAACUACUACGGUAAAACCGACUACUACAGAAGCGCCUUAUUUAGUAAAGGCUUACCCCGACUUGCGCAGCAGAGCUCCAAAGAAAAAUGACAGGAUCGCAAUCGUUGGCGCCACAAUUCAAGGGAUACAUUUAGCAGUUUCUUUGAUGGAUGCCGGUUUUCCUGAUGUGAAUGUGUAUGAGUCAAGUCGCAGAAUAGGUGGCGAGGGAUUUUCGGUUUACUUUAAUGGGCAGUCCUUUCUACUCGGGGAAACAUAUGUCUUUGAUGAAGAGGGGGUUGCGGCAAAAUUUAACAAGCGGUUUGAGUCUACAACGCUCAUGCCAGUACCUAACCCAUCGAUCUGGAUAAACAACACAACUAAGCUCUCGUUCAUGGAAUACCUGUUGAAGGUUGCGAAAGACGUCAGCCCAACUGCUAAUCUAAAUUCCGGUAAUAUUGUAAAACAUUACCAAACACUUCUGUCCACAUACAUGGCAGUCGUCAAAAACAAUUUUGGCGAUUAUAAAGGGCACAUGAUGCGCCGUCCACUCGACUCCGAACUUACGCGUCUUUCGAAAAAGAAUUUCUUAAAGUUAUUGCAAGACAAUAAAAUUGAAGCACUAAAGUCAGUGUUUCAAAUUAUGCUAUCCUCUAUCGGUGGCGGUGACAUCGCAGAACUUCCUGCUCUGUAUGGAUGUAUGUUCAUUAACAGUAGAAUGGCUACAGUACUGUAUGAAAAGCUUGGCAAUGGUAAACCAAUAGCCAGUGUUUUUAAGAAGGGAAUCCAGCAUGUCAUGGAAGAAGCUACCAAAAUGCUAAAUGUUGACGUGAAGUUUGAUCACGAAACGAACGAAAUUGACAGAAGUUCAAGAGGUUACUUUAACCUCUACUACAAAAAGGAAUAUGUUAAAACCGAUUCCAAAAAAUCAAGAUGUUCAAAGGGAUACUUUAAACGUAAAUUUGACCAUGUCUUCAUAGCUACAGAACCAUACGAAUUUAAAUCGCUCAUAACAAAACCAAAUGCUGAUUUGAUGAAUACGUUAGAUACCAUGACUUCAAAAUUUCAAACUUACAACCUAUUGAGGACAAAUAUCACUACUCCGGGUGAACGUCUGCAUGAACAGUUCGCAUUUAAUAACUAUGGAGAUUACAACGUUCAAUCUUGCUUGGAUAAUGUAAAACAUACGGGGCCAAAUGUCAAUCCAAACGAGAAGUUCACCGUUUGUUUACAAGAGUCUGAAUUAAGCAACCGCACACUGCUGGCGGAAGCAAUGUAUUCGCAUAUUACCGAAAUGGACUACAGUCUAAUGAAUCCCAACUCCAAUACUUCCGUCGAGGACACCCGAAAAUCGUUCCAACGCUGGGAAGUUGAAAUGUUUGGUAACAAAGAAAUGGCGACCGGAAAUCUGUGGAAGCUGAUGCACAAGCAGGGCGAAGACGGGUUGUGGAUCAUUAGCCGCGCUGCUAGCUUCCCAUAUGCGGAUGUCACAUUUGAUUAUAAUACUCGUUUACUGAAAUCGAUGGGUGUGAUUUAGAAAGUAGACAAUUAUUCAUACGUAAUAAAAACUAAUAGUCGGACUUGAGAGACAGGUCGCGUUGUACGUUAUACUAAAGCUAUGCUCCUAGAUACUGCUCGAGAUUUAAAUACAACAUUGGGCUUUACGGCACGAUCACAUCGACAGACUAUAUACAUGUCACCACGACAUGAAAGUGAUUCAAAGAACAAAACACAUAUACAUAGUGAUAUUCUAUCCUUCAGAUCGAAAUAAACUGUAAAUAUUAUACUUAUAUUAUACGUAUACCUGCCAUGAGUAAGUAUUGACCAGGAAAGCACACAAUUAAAAUUAUUUCGAAGAUCUC